CUCGGAACGUUAUAUGAAAAACCCAAAAAUUGUGAAAUAGAAAAAUGUAGCUGGCUGUGGUACAGGCAAUUCCUAGCUCUUCCCUGGAUGCUUUGCUAGGCUCAGAGGGAGCAAACUGAGGGGCUGUUGUCCCCUCUGCCAGCCUGGAGUUAUGAAGGGCUGGCUUAUCAGCUCCCCCUCUUGGACCUGGCCCCACACGGCCAGCCUGGAGAGCUGACUGCAGGACGCUUGGUGUGUCCUUCAGCCCGGCUGCCUCGCUGCUCCCCCACACUGUCCCUCCAUUCCGCAUGUCUGCGGCUGGAUUCCCCACGCGGCUGCUUGGCCAGGCUGCAAAUCUUUAAUUGAUUCCUUGUGGCUGCAUUGGGCUAACUGGAAUCAGCAGCCCUGGUGUUUGGAUGGCACAUCACGGGCCCCUUACCCACACACGCAGCCUGGAGAGAGACAGGCAUUGGGCAGGGACUCAGUGGAUGCUGCCACCCAAACCCCUUCCACCCCAUGGCCAGGCAGGCUGAGCUCAGCUCCUGGAGGCUUUGUGCCAUCUUUCGGUGGUCUUGGCUCACUGUCCAGCUGCUGUGUCCCUCUUCCUCACUGCUCUUGGCCCCUUUCCCUCACUGCAUCGCAAUGACUCAUCCUUGCUGAGCUCACCCGCUGGAGCUGCUCAAGAACUGGCAGGGCGGGCACCCACUGCCCCCUAAGAGGGUCCCUCAGCUGGCAGCCCCUUCACCAUGAGCCAAAGACCUCUGGUCAAAGUGUGCGGGCACUGGGGUGCAGCCUGGUUUCACCUAUCCAAACCUUGGCUGGCCAUGGGGCAAAAGGGGGAGGAGACUGGACAUGCAGGCCUUGCUGCAGGUCUGGCCAUGCUCAUUUAAUGUCUGCUGGGGGGAUCUGGACAAGGGAAAACAAAGUGUGGAUGGGGCAUUGCCUGGGCAUGUGCAAAGAUGAUGCUGGGCAGACACACAGCGCCUGCUUCCCCAGCUGGGUGCAGUGCCAGCCAGGCUCUGUGCAGUGAAGCAGACACUGGCGAGGAGGAGCAGGCACUAGAGCAUCAUCUAUGCAAGAAGGGCAGCCUGCACCACCGAGUGCCCACACCCAUGGGGCAGGGCCUGGCUAACUGCCUCUCUCUCCCCCUGCCCAGGUUCCCCUCUCAGAGACAGCCCCCCCGGGCACCUCAGCAGCAAGAUGAACCCCACUGUGGGCAUUGCUGUCAUCCUGACAGUCCUCCAGGCCGCCAACUGCCAGAUGAUCAAAGACCUGAGUGCCUGCCUGCUGGGCCAGAACCUGCGCGUGGACUGUCGCUAUGAGAACAAAACCGACAACCCCCUGACCUACGAGUUCAGCAUCACCAAGGACAACAGGAAGCACGUCAUCCACAGCACCAUCAGCGUCUCCGAGAACAUCUACCGGAGCCGAGCCAACGUCACCAUGCACAAGAACCUGGUGUGCCUCCACCUGCAGAGCUUCACCACCAGCGAUGAGGGCAUCUACAUGUGCGAGCUGAAGGCCACCAACGACUACACUGGCAACCAGAUAAAGAACAUCACUGUUAUCAAAGACAAACUGGAGAAAUGCGCCGGCUUCAGCCUCUUGAUCCAGAACACCUCGUGGCUCCUGCUGCUGCUCCUUUCCCUGCCUCUCCUGCAAGCCGUGGACUUCGUGUCCCUCUGAAAGGCGAAACACACACACACUCACAGCGCUCGCACACACACGCACGCACACACUGAGCACCCCAGCCACCCCGCCUUCCUCGCAGCCCCUGGAAAGAGAAGCUGAAGCGUCUGGAAGCCGUGAAACCUCUCUGUGUUAUCUCUAUUUAGCCGUAUAUUAACGCUAACCACCAUCCUGUGCCGAGGCCCACCAUCCCAUGCACACACGCCCCGCUCCGAAGCAUGGUGGCUCUGCUAGGCAGCGUUGCUUCUCCCAUCGCGCCUCCCCGCUCCGUAGGCUGGCUGGUUUGCUUGUGCUGGGAGAACUGGAGGCCUCAGCCUCGCUUGUCCCAUCCCUUUAACUCUUGGGGUUUGCCUGUUCUCAAGUCUGGGGAAAGACAGCUGCAUUGGCAGGUAAGAGAGAGGGGUGAUGCGAAAGCAUGCAGAGGGUGCCCAUGGUGGGUGCUGUGCUUGUGGUGGGUGGUGUGCUGUGGCUCCUGGAGGUGACAGGGCUCUUGGUGUCCCCACCCACCCUGCCUGCCACCCAGGUGACUUAUUCCUCACCCUGCUCCUCUCACCUGAGCUGCCACGGCUGGGAGAGGGCACAAAAUUACUCCUGUCUCAGUGAGCAGGGGAGCCAUGGGAUGCUGCUGGGCCUGGCAGGCUGGGGGAGGAGAGAGAGGAGCAGGUCUAGGAGACACCAUGAAGCCCCCCUGCCUCCUUAGGGCUCCUCUGGGGCCCUGGGAACGGGCUCAGUGCAAAUGUGCUUCGGCAUCAAGUUUUUCCUAAUCUGUUUCUUACAGCUGAGCUGGAAGUGAGGCCUCCUCCAGACACCAUCUGGUUCCUUUGGGCUGCCCGAGCCAGACAUCACUCGCUCUCCCUGGGGACCAGCCCUUAGCUGUGACGAGAGAAUUGCUGCCAGCACCAGUGGAGGCAAGCAGAGCCUCUCUGAGCUAGCCACAGCCCCACUGCCUGCCCCAGGGCCCUCAAAGCUGCACCCCGGCUGGCUGGUGGGGAGGGGGUUCCCCCCUGGGAGUGUGACCCCAGGGUCUCCAUAGGGACUUCCCGGCACUGGCACCUUGUCUUUCCUAAGGGAACAUCUGGGGACCCCAGUCCUUCCUCAUAGAGAGGCAGAGCAGUCUUCCUCAAAUCCCACCAUGCUCCUGGGAGGAGCCUGUGUGCCCCCUCCCUUCUCCCUCCUACCUUUCAGCAUUUCCCUGUCUCCCUUUAAGAGCAGCAAAGGACGGAAGGGCAGCCCACAACCUCGGUAAGGCCAGGAUGGUGCCAGGGGUUGGCGAGAGCAAGGACAGGGAUGGCCAGCACAGCUCAGAUCUGCUGCCUGGAUGCCCACGGGACCCCGAGGAGCCUCACUCAGGGGAGGACACAGGGAAAGGAAGAGGCAGGCAGGAGCAUCCAGGUGCAUGGGGUGAACCCCAGCUGUGAGACCCGUGCAGCCCGGGCUGUGCCACCACGGCUGAGAGCAAUACACAGCAGCUGCUCCCCACUCCUUGCUCCUCUCCAGAGCUGCUUCCUACCCCCGUGCCCAUCCCCUGCCCAUCCCUGCCUGCUUGCUUGCUGUCUAGUGCUGCUGAGGCCGUGCCCAGCUGAGGCCUGGCUGUGCCCAGCUCCCUGGGCGUGCUGGCGAGCGCCGGGGCAAGCGCAGAGCCCAGCGGCAGAGCGCGGACGCGGCUCGAGUCUCAUUUUUUUGUGAACAUUUGUAGUUGUUUCCACAGCUUGUCGUCAAAGAAAUUCUGUUAAGGGAAUAGGAAAAAAAAAUGGGAAAAAAAAAAGAACCCUAUGAAAAGCAACAACAACAACAACAAAAACCACCUUACCAUCCAGGAGUGUUCCUCUGUCUGCACAAUAAAACCCUACCUAGGUUGUGUGUUGGA